GGCUGUGGCUAGGGAGGAGGGGGAGGGGCCACUCGCUCCGCUGGGACUUCUCACUCUCCACCUUGUUCUUUUAGGUGUGGUUUGGUCCGGACGCGGGGUCCCGGCAGCUGGCUUGAGCUUCCUCUGUUGUGAAGGGGGAAAGUAGCUCCCGCGGAAAGCGGUUAAAGUUACGGAGAGGGUGCGAGACGAGAGUUCUCCCCCAUGCCCGCCGAAUGGUGCGGCCCUGAGUUGGUCCCGGAGCCGGCGCGACGUAUCUGAGAGAGGGGGCGGGGAGGCGGCCCGGAGAACGCGGGUUCUGUGAAGAGACGUGGGGAAGAUUCGACUCCGAGAAGAGGAAGAGGAUUCAAAAGGAGCGAGGCCGCUGAGGGGGAGGGGGCUGCCAAGAUGGCGUCGGCCUCCUCUGGGUCGUCGGCGGUUGGGUUUUCAUCCGCGGAUUCCGGGGUCCCUCCCUGCACCUCGUCUUCAGGUUUCAACUUUCUGUGCUGUGGGGUCAACCGUAAGAGAGCAUCUGGAAUCAAGAGACCCAUGGCAUCUGAGGUGCCUUAUGCCUCUAGCAUGCCCAUGAAGAAAAUAGGCCACCGAGGUGUUGAUUCCUCAGGAGAGACAACAUAUAAAAAGACAACCUCGUCAGCUUUAAAAGGUGCCAUCCAGUUAGGCAUUACUCACACUGUGGGGAGCCUGAGUACCAAACCAGAGCGGGAUGUCCUCAUGCAAGACUUCUAUGUGGUGGAGAGUAUCUUCUUCCCGAGUGAAGGGAGCAACCUGACUCCUGCUCAUCACUACAAUGACUUUCGGUUCAAGACCUAUGCACCUGUUGCCUUCCGCUACUUUCGGGAGUUAUUUGGUAUCCGCCCUGAUGAUUACUUGUACUCCCUCUGCAAUGAGCCGCUGAUUGAACUCUGCAACUCUGGAGCUAGUGGUUCCCUCUUCUAUGUGUCCAGCGAUGAUGAAUUCAUCAUUAAAACAGUCCAGCACAAAGAGGCGGAGUUUCUGCAGAAGCUGCUUCCAGGAUACUACAUGAACCUCAACCAGAACCCUCGGACUUUGCUGCCUAAGUUCUAUGGACUGUACUGUGUGCAGGCAGGUGGUAAGAACAUUCGAAUUGUGGUGAUGAACAAUCUCUUACCACGGUCAGUCAAGAUGCAUAUCAAAUAUGACCUCAAGGGCUCAACCUACAAAAGGCGGGCUUCCCAAAAAGAGCGAGAGAAACCUCUCCCCACCCUUAAAGACCUGGACUUCUUACAAGACAUCCCUGAUGGUCUCUUUUUGGAUGCUGAUAUGUACAAUGCUCUGUGCAAGACCCUGCAGCGCGACUGUUUGGUGCUGCAGAGCUUCAAGAUAAUGGACUAUAGCCUCCUGGUGUCAAUCCAUAACAUAGAUUAUGCACAACGAGAGCCUUUAGGCAAUGAAGCACAAUAUUCAACUGACACUCGCAGACCAGCCCCCCAAAAGGCUCUCUAUUCCACAGCCAUGGAAUCUAUCCAGGGCGAGGCUCGACGAGGUGGCACCAUGGAGACUGAGGACCAUAUGGGUGGCAUCCCGGCCCGGAAUAGUAAAGGGGAAAGGCUGCUGCUUUAUAUUGGGAUCAUUGACAUUCUUCAGUCUUACAGGUUUGUUAAGAAGUUGGAGCACUCUUGGAAAGCUCUGGUACAUGAUGGGGACACCGUAUCAGUGCAUCGCCCAAGCUUCUACGCCGAACGGUUCCAGCGCUUCAUGUGCACUACAGUGUUCAAGAAGAUCCUCUUGAAGCCCUCUCCUUCCAAAAAGUUUCGGUCUGGCUCAUCUUUCUCUCGGCGAGCAGGCCCCAGCGGCAACUCCUGCGUAACUUACCAGCCAUCGGUCUCUGGGGAACACAAGGCACAAGUGACAACAAAGGCGGAAGUGGAGCCAGGCGUCCACUUCGGUCGUCCUGAUGUUUUACCUCAGACUCCACCUUUAGAGAAAAUCAGUGAGGUCUCGACUAUUCCUGACCCCUAUUUCUCACCUGUAGUUGGAGAGACUUUGCAAAUGCUAACUACAAGCUCAACCCUCUUGGAAAAGCAUGAAGUUCCAGAGUCAGAGUUCAUCCAUUGAACAAAAAUCCUCAGAAGACCUGGAGCAAGAUUCUACCAUCUCUGUGAUCCCAAGAUGUCAGCCCUUGACCCAGCAAUGCUGAGUUUUCUUUUACUUGGUCAUCAAAAAAAGUGUAAUGGAAGCUAAGGGAGCUCUCCGUCUCCUCCCUGAAGAAGAACCUCUUCUACUUCGCCUUCCUCAUGAAUGGGCAUUAGUGCCUCGGACAGUUGAGGACAGCGGCAUCCUCUCUACUCCUGAGCUGGGUGGCACAGGUUUUCUACUAGCCAGCCUUCCUUCCACAACUGAAUUGUUUUCAAACCCCCAUUCUUCCUGUUGGAAGUGGGGUUGUUGGACUUGGUGGUUUUCUUCCCCCUCAUCUACCUUUCACCAGGAGCUGGACUCUUAAUUUCCUCAGGACAGACUGGCUGGUACAUUAUCCCAACCUUAGUUCUUUUUCUGUGGAAGAAGACCCCUGUACUCUUUUUUUUUUUUUUUUUUUU